AUGGCCGCGCCAGCCUUAUUAGACUACAGUCAUUUCACCUCUGGUACUAAAGAACAGCGCGAGAAGUUCGCCCACGCGCUCUUGGACAGCUUCGAGAAGACCGGAUUUGCGAAGCUUAAGGGCCAUGCUUUCAGUGCCCAGGAUCUGAAAGAAUUAUUCGCCUGGGGCAAGAAGUUCUUUGACCAGCCAUUGGAGGUGAAGAAUGAGAUUCCGAAUGAAACAGGGCCUAGGCCUAUGCGUGGUUACACGCCAUGGAGAGUUGAGGAAGUCGGAAAGCUUCACCACGAUGAACAGGUCAGGACCAUGAAGGACUCAAAGGAGCAUUUUGAUCAAGGCCCCGAACACGACACAGAAUUCCCGAACAAAUGGCCCAAUGCCCCGGAAUUAUCGGGCUUCCAACCAUUUAUGAAGGCCUUCUACCGUCGAUGCGAUGAUGUUUGUCUAACGCUAAUGAAGGCCCUGGAAGGCGCCUGGGGCAUCGAGGAUGGAUCAUUGGUGGCACGCUGCGUUCCUAGUGCAACAGAUCUCCGACUAACCCAUUAUCCUGCAAUUCCCGUGGAAGAGAUGCAGUCGGGCUCUACAAGCCGUAUUGCGCCACAUACUGAUUUUGGACCCAUCACGUUGCUGUUCCAAGACAGCACUGGCGGCCUAGAAAUCGAAGACCGGUCCAAUCCCAUCCCUAAUUCUUUCGUUCCCCUGCCACCGACUGAUACGACGGAAAUGAUUGUCAAUGUUGGUGAUACACUGACGCGCUGGACGAACGGAAAUAUUACCGGCGGUACCCAUCAAGUCAUGUGUCCAGCGGCAAUGAAGGGGGAAAGUGGCUUGAUCCUGCCACCCAGAAUGUCUAUGGCCUAUCUCUUCAAGGCGGAGCGCAAUGUCUCAGUUGGUCCGUUGCCCAAAUUUGUCUCGUCCACGGAGCCAGCGAAGUAUCCUGACAUCACGGCUCUGGAAUUCCAGAGAUGGAAGAACAGUAUUGUGUACAAUCUUACCAAGAAGGUAUACCCGAACGGUACCGAUGGCUUCAAUAGACGCGAUUCUGUUCAAGAUGUGAUGGAAACUGAAUUGGCCAUGACGCUCGGUGGCGUUAACGACUUCGUCGAUGCUGGCAAAGCAAUUCAACCAGUUCAGCCAGUUUAA